AUGGGAGGCGUGCUGGAGAACCACUCGGACGCGGUGUUCGUCCUUCACGGCCUCAACGAGUCGGCGUCCAGCCGUCAGAUCUACUUCUCCUUGGCGCUGGCGUCCUACGUGGUCACGCUGCUGGUCAACGUGACGCUGAUCGUGACCGUGUGCGUGGAGAAGACGCUGCACGAGCCCAUCUACAUCUUCCUGUGCAACCUGUGCAUCAACGGCAUCUUCGGCGCGUCCACCUUCUACCCCAAGCUGCUGAGCGACCUGCUGGCCGAGGCGCACGUCAUCUCGUACGCCGGCUGCCUGACGCAGAUCUUCGCCGUCUACGGCUACAUCUUCUGCGAGUUCGCCAGCCUGACCGUCAUGGCGCUGGACCGCUACGUGGCCAUCUGCUGGCCGCUGCGGUACCGCGCCGUGAUGACGCCGCGCACGGUGGCGCGGCUGCUGGCGCUGACGUGGUGCUUGCCGCUGCUGGAGACGGCGUGCGGCUUGGGCCUGACGGCGAGGCUGCCGCUGUGCGGCCGCCACAUCCACAAGUUGUUCUGCACCAACUGGGAGGUGGUCAAGCUGUCGUGCGUGGACACCACCGCCAAUAACAUGUACGGCUUCGCGCUCAUGUUCUUGCACGUCUCGCAGGCGGGCCUCAUCGUGGUGUCCUACGCCCACCUUGUGCACGCCGCCGUCAGGUCGCGCUCCGUCCGCCGCAAGUUCGUGCAGACGUGCAUGCCGCACCUGCUCACUCUGCUCAUCUUCACCGGCUCGCUGUUAUUCGACACCUUGUUCUCCCGCUACGGCGGCGGCGACCAGCUGCAGGUUCUGCAGAACAUGCUGGCCGUGGAGUUCCUGGUGGUGCCGCCCCUCGUUAACCCCGUCAUCUACGGCAUCAACCUGCAGCAGAUUCGCUGGCGCAUCGUCCACAACUUCACGCAGAAAGACGUCGCGCCGUCCGACUCGCACUGA